AUGUCGACCAUUCUGCGUUCACUGCGCAAUUUGCGCCGAAUUGGCCUCAAGGAAGCCGGUCACCAGAUGCAGAACAUCGGUGAUACCAAAGCCGGAACCCUGAUCGGCACCGAUCGCUUCGGCAACAAGUACUACGAGAACGUGACGGAGGAGCUGCCUCUCCGCACACGAUGGGUCGACUACAAGACCGCUUUCCCUAACUGGGAGCCUUCCGAGAUUGAGCCUGGCUGGCAUGCCUGGAUCUCCUACAUGCCCGGUGGCCAGCGGCCAUGGGAGCUCCCCGAGCACCGCCCUAAUCUUACCCAGACCCGUGCUGCUUACCGUACCUACUCGACUACCCGUCCUAAGAUCUCUGCCUGGACUCCUGUUGCUGCUCCUCGCUAA